UUUUUUUUAGUUCUACCACUUUAUUUCUACCAACCCAUCUUCAUCUCCCUCCACCCUCGUGCACACAUGCUCAGUCAUGUAAUCCCAUGGACUGCAGCCCACCAGGCUCCUCCGUCCAUGGACUUUUCCAGGCAAGAAUACUGGAGUGGGUUGCCAUUUCCUUCUUCAUAUCCAUUUUCUUUUAAUGGGUUGUACUUUUGGUGUCAUUAUCUAAAAAAAUCUUUUCCUAACCCAGGUCACAAAGAUUUUGUCCAGUUUUGUUUCUCUAGCAGUUUUGUAAUUUUAGGUUUUACAUUUACAUCUGCGAUCUAUUUUGAGUAUUUUUUGUAAAUGGCGUGAAAUAUGGAUUAUAGUUCUUCGGGUUUUGGUGGCUUUUUUUUCUUUUGCAUAUGGAUAUCCAGUUUUUCCAGUACUUUUUAUCAAAAAAACUCUUUUCUCCACGGAAUGGCUUUUACAUCUUCAUAAAUUUCAGUUCUUCAUAUUUUAUGGGCCUAUUUCUCUACCUUCCAUUUGUUCCAUUCAUCUCUUUAUCAAUCUGUUUAUCAGUUGACUCCAGUACUAUACCAUUUUGAUUACUGCAGCUUUAUAACAUAUCUUAGAAUCAGGUAGUAUUAGCCCAUCUGCUUUAAUGUUUUUCAACAUUUUUUGACCAUUAUAGAUCCUUUAUAUUUCUGUAUGAAUCUUAGAAUUAGCUUAUCGAAUUUUAGAGGAAAAAGCCUCCUGAGAGUUUGAUUGGGAUUUCAUUGAAUCUGUAGUUCAGUUUAGAAUGAUUUGCUAUCUUAAUAGUAUCAAGUCUUUGAGCCCUGAAAGAUCUUUGUAAAAGUUAAUGAAGCUCUUUAAAUUUCUCUCAGCAAUAUUUUAUAGUUUGCAAUAUAUGUUUUUCAUUAGAUUUGUCCCUAAGUACUUCAUAUUUUUUGUACUCUUACAGAUUUCUUAGAAUUUUAGUUUGUGAUUGUUUGCUGUUGCUACAUAUAAAAAUACUGUUGAUUAUAGAUUCCAUUAAAUUUUCUACAUAGAGUAUAGAUACAAUUUUACUUCUUCCUUUCCAAUCUGAAUGCUUCCUUUCCAAUUUGAAUCUUAUUUUCUUUUCUUGCUUGAUUGCACUGGCCAUAGUGUUGAGCAGAAAUGGCAAAAGCAGAUGUGCUGGUGGGAAGUAGCCAGUUUUUCACUGUUAAGUCUCAAAUUACUAUAGGCUUUUCAUAGGUGUCCUUGGUCAGGUUGAUAAAGUUCCCUUCUAUUUCUAGUUGGUUGUGAGUUUUUAAGGAGUUUUGUAUCUAUGUUCAUAAGAUAUUGGUCUUCAGUUUUCUGGUAAUGUCUUUGGUCUAGAUUAGUAUUAGCGUAUUGCUAGCCUCAAAGUGAGUUAAUAAAUAAUCCCUUCCCUUCAGUUUUCUGGCAGUUUGUAUAGAAUUGGCUCUGAAUUCUUAAGUAUUUGAUAGAAUUCACUCAUGAAACCAUCUGGGCUUAGGGUAUUUUUAACUAUAAAUUCAAUAUCUUUAAUAAGUUUAGAGAUUUUCAAGUUAUCUCUUCUUGCUGUGUUUUCAUAACUUGUUUCUUUCAAAGAAUUUGUCGAUUUCACCUUAUCAAAUAUAGGCGUAAAGUUACAUCUCCUCAAUAUCCUUUUCAUAUUUGCAGACUCUGGUAAUGUCACCUCUCUUUUCUGAUAUUGGCAUAAUUUGUUGUUAGGGACGUAAGUUUUGGAUUGUUAUGUACUUUUGAUUAACUGACCCCUUUAUCAUUAUGAAAUGAGCAUUUUUAUGCCUGCUAAUAGUAUUUUCCCUAAAAAUCUACUCUCUGACAUUGAAAUAUUUUAACCUUCUUUUGCUUUUCUGUUGAGUAUUUUUUAUCUCCUUUGUUGGCUUUUUGACUGUAACUGGACUUUACCCCUCAGAGAAUAUAAUUGAAUAGAUUUGCUGGGGGUGGGCCCAUUUUUCAGCAUUUCUUUAAAUAUGUGUGAGCCCCUGGACUAGAUGAUGUCUAUAGUUCUAACUUGCUAACUGUGUACUUUUAAGUUACUUGACCUCUUAAUUUCCUCGUCUAUAAAAUGGGUGUAAUGAAAUGCAUCUAGAAGCUGAAAGUUUAAAAAUAUUUUGAAGAGUAUUACUAUGUUCGUGUGAUUCAGAUUUCAAAAGGUUUUGAUUUCCAUCAUGGCUAUCACACAGUUUCGGUUAUUUAAAGUUUGUACCUGCCUAGCAACAGUAUUCUCAUUCCUAAAGAGAUUAAUAUGCAGAUCUGGUAGAGGACGGAAAUUAAGUGGAGACCAAAUAACUUUGCCAACUACAGUUGAUUAUUCAUCAGUUCCCAAACAGACAGAUGUGGAAGAGUGGACUUCCUGGGAUGAGGAUGCACCCACAAGUGUCAAGAUUGAGGGAGGGAAUGGGAAUGUGGCAACACAGCAAAAUGCUUUAGAACAACUGGAACCUGACUAUUUUAAGGACAUGACACCAACUAUAAGGAAAACCCAGAAGAUCAUCAUUAAGAAGCGAGAACCAUUAAAUUUUGGCAUCCCAGAUGGUAGCACAGGCUUCUCUAGUAGACUAGCAGCUACACAAGAUAUGCCUUUCAUUCAUCAAUCUCCUGAAUUAGGUGACUUAGAUACCUGGCAGGAAAACACCAAUGCUUGGGAAGAAGAAGAAGAUGCGGCCUGGCAAGCCGAAGAAGUUCUGAGGCAGCAGAAGAUAGCAGACAGAGAAAAGAGAGCAGCAGAACAACAAAGGAAGAAAAUGGAAAAGGAAGCCCAGCGGCUAAUGAAGAAGGAACAAAAUAAAAUUGGUGUGAAACUUUCAUAACCAAUGUUCUUCAGAUGUCAUAGUGCCAGUGGGAGAAAUGCGAGCUCUACAACCCAAGCAGCAUUUGUAUGGAGCCAAGAGUAUUUUCAGAAUACAAAUACCCUGCUUGAUUUUAAUGCAUUCAUCAGCCAGCCAGGACACCAGGAUUCUCUCAAAGUCCCCUGAACUCUUAGUGAUUGAGACUCAAGAGAACAAAAAGGACUUAUGAGACCAUAUUUUCUUUAACGUGUUCCAAGUGUAAGACAGUUGUUUGUUGUAGAGAAAUUAUUACAAAUGAAAUAUAUCAGUACCUCUUCAAGCUAGUGUUUCUAGCUAAUUCAAUGGGUGUAAAUAAUUCUGUGAUGGGAAAGAAUUCUGCUGUCUAUAGUGCUUUCCUUCAAUGUGCAUAAUGUUAAAAUAAAUAAUUUUAAAUAUUUGUUUGUUUCCAUGAUUACCCAACCUAAAUCAGACAGACUUGCAGGGCUUUGACUUCUUAUUUCUAUUGUCAGAAGCUGGUGUUGGCAUAUAUUUGCUCUGACUUCAACUGGCAUUCAUUAAGGCAUCUGGUCAUUUCAGUUUUCAAGAAAAUGACAUUAAAUGCAAUAAUUUUAUUUAUCACAAACAUUUUAUACAUCGUUUUCUUUUAGAUGGUGUUGUAAUGUUUUACUUAUUUGUAAUUUAUAUCGCAUGUAUAAACAUACUGAAAAUCAGCUAAAAUGGCAAAUUUGUUUUACAUUAUUAUAAUUUGUGAGUUUUAAAAGCUAGUAUUUGUAGUUUUCCCGUCAUUGUAGAUUUUACGAUGUUAUGGUAUCUUUAAGUACCUUAGCUCCUCUCUGCCAAAAGCCAUUAAUUUACAAAUGCAUAAAGCCUUCAGUUCUACCGAUUCAAAGCUUUUAGAUGAUUUCUGUAUCAGUUUUGUAUAAUAUGACAUAAUGCAAGUUACCUGUGUUGUUGACUAAGGUAACGUUGAUUUAUUAAACCAAGAUAGGAAUAAUAAUACUUCUAUUUUUGGAUGUUGACAAGCUCUAAAAUAGUUUUCAGGAAAUAGAUAUAGACUGUGUUCAUAGGGAAAAAUGUAGAUUUGAUAGUUUAAAAUCUCAUUAAUUUUGUCUCCUCAAUUAAAAUACAUCCAGCCUGACCUUCUUUGGCUUUGGAAUUAAAGAUUUUUACUUUCUUAAAAGUUGCUGCCCAAAAUUAACAUUUUGUGAGUUUUUUAAAUGUCAUAAAUACAGGCCAAAUACUGCUAAUUCAUUGGAAUUAAAGUGAUAUUUCAUAGUAAAAUCACAAACUAUACAAUAAACUCCUUAAGUUCUUAGCCUAAGCAUCUAGACUAAAUGCAGUUGUUUUUUUAUUUUCUUAAAAUUUUUAUUGGAGUACUGUUGAUUUACAAUAUUGUGUAAGUUUCAGAUGUACAGCAGAGUGAAAUUGGUUGAAAUUUAACUUUGGUUAAAAGCUUCCUGUUAGAGUCCCAAGCUCUAUUUUCAGUUAUGGUUAUUAGAGAGUUUUUGCCAGUGAACUCCCAAUUGAAUAGAAUUAGACUCAAAUUUGUAAUAAAAAUGAAUUAUUUUA